AUGACAGAUCAGAGCCAAAAUCGACUGAUCGCUGGAGGUCGUGGAAGUGGAGGCGAAGGUGGAAAAGGCGGUGGAUCAGGCGGAGGAAGGGGAGGAAGUGGAGGAGGUGUCGGAGGCGGAGGUGGUGGUGGUGGAAGAGGAGGUGGGCGUGGUGGAGAUGGAGGCGGAAAAAAGAAUGCAGAUUCGGAAAAAGACCAGCAACAAGGAAAAAAUUCAGAAAAAAAUAAUCCGAAUGAUGGCGAAGAUGGGGGAUCAGGACGUAGUGGUCGGGGAGGCGGAGGUGGUGGAAGAGGAGGUGGGCGUGGUGGAGAUGGAGGUGUAAAAAAUGACAAGGAUUCGGAAAAGAAUUCAAACAAAAGUAAAAAUCCCAAUGAUGGCGAAGAUGGAGGAUCAGGACGUGGUGGUCGUGGAGGCGGAAAUGGACGAGGUCGGGGCGGUGAUGGAGGAGGCUCCAAAAAAUAA